AUGAUGGACUUGAAUGAAUACUCCCAUAAAAACCUGGACCACAACCAAGCUAAAUUCAUAUACGAAAACGAAAAGAACUAUUUCUACGUCGUGAAGAGCUUUUCCGACAGGAAUGUGCGCGCAGCCCUCGAGCACAACGUUUGGGCGACUACACCUAAGAACGAGGGCACGUUCGACGAAGCGUUCAAAAAGUGCGAGAAUGUCGUGCUUUUCUUCUCCAUCAAUGGGAGCUCGCGCUUCAUCGGAUACGCUCUGAUGCGCUCGAGGCCGGGGGACUGCAGCGUACAGAAUAACGUGUUUUGCCUACCCAACGGCAGACAGUUCAACGGAAAGCAAUUCGACCUCCUUUGGAUUAGGGUGGUCGAACUACCUUUCUCGGACUGCGUUCACCUUAAGAACAGCUUCGACGACGGCAGGCCGGUGAAGGUCGCACGCGACGGGCAACGGAUUGACCAAUCGACUGGAAGGGAGCUGUGCAUACUUUUCGAGAACAGGUUCCUGCAGAAGCCUAUACCGUGGAGACCUGAGAUGUACGGGAGCCAAUUUGGUGCUUACGUGGUUAACCCUCAAGGAUACCAGUGCGUGGGAGUACCCCCAGGUGCCCAAGCUAUACCUCCCUUAUCUGGAUUCCCGGUUAUACCUAUAUCUCACGCCCCCGCCAAUUUGCAACAUAUUGGCGUCGUAACGCCUUACUACCAGGUGCCCCCAGUGUCGUCACCGAGGAGUCAAAAGAAAUCGCGAGGUUCUGUGUCGCCUCAAAGUGCGCAAACUCCAAGACCCAGCGAAGUUGAGGGUGUCUACCGCAUGACCGAGGAAGACGCGUUAAAGGCGGUGGAAUAUAAUCCGGCACUGGCAAUAUUCCCCGUUGAUUUAACGAAUUUGUCAUACGAGCACUACGUCUCUCUUUAUAACGUCUCGCACCAGUACUGGAUCGAACAACAGGAGCCCGACGUGAAGCCCGAAAGCGAGUGA